AUGCUACUCUUUCUUAUCGGAUUACUUUGCGCGAGCACUUGUCAAUCACAUAUAAUCCGACAGCGAGCAACUUGUUCAUGGCCUGGACACUGUGCUGGUGAUCCAUGUACAACUGAGAACGACUGUGAUGGAUCUAUGAUCUGUAUAAGUGGAAAAUGUGGCACACCUGGCGGUACCGGAUGCAGUGCACCGUGUACAUGGACAGGGCAUUGUUGUGGGGAUCCAUGUACAACUGAAAAUGAUUGUGAUGGAUCGUUAAUUUGUGUUAGUGGAAAAUGCGGUACUGGAUCUUCUGGUGGUGGUACUACUGCCCCUACUACUACUGGCUCUUCUGGAACUUGUUCACCGUCAGGUGUAUUGCAAGGCACAGGCACUAACUGCAACACAGAAAAUAUGUCCGAGUGCUGUCAGGCAGGACAAUUUUAUAAUCAAUAUCAAUGCUCUCCUAGCUCAACUAGCUCAGCUACACUUACGUUGAACAGUUUCCGAGCAGGUGGGGAUGGUGGUGGUGCAGGUGCAUGCUUUGGACUUUUUUAUCCUGAUACACAGCGUGUCGUCGCCUUGUCAACAGGAUGGUACAAUGGAGGAUCACGAUGUGGGAAAACGAUUACCAUUAAUGGUAAUGGUAGAACGACAACAGCACAAGUCGUCGAUGAAUGCGACUCAGUAAAUGGAUGUGAUGCCGAACAUGCGGGACAACCUCCAUGUCGUAACAAUAUCGUUGAUGGAUCUCCAGCUGUCUGGCAGGCACUAGGUGUAUCCACGAGCGAUUCACGAUAUGGACAGAUGACCAUUUCAUGGACUGGCUAA